AAUUCGUUUAAGUAUAAGCAGUUUUCUUCGUAAGGCCAAUACGGUGCACACAGCAGUUCAGAACCACAACCAUUUGUUCGCCCUCAGCUGUGAAAUGUGGUACGGUCCCUGUCAGUGCGAGCAGAAGAGGGAGGGUCAACAUGGCGUCCGAACAGGAGAGCUCCAAUGGGCCAGUGAAGAAGUCCAUGAGAGAGAAGGCCAUAGAGAGACGAGGUAUCAACAAGGAACACAACAGUAACUUCAAAGCAGGCUAUGUACCCAUAGAAGAGGAGCGCCUUCAUAAGACUGGGCUGAGGGGACGCAAGGGAAACAUGGCUGUUUUCAUCAUCGUUCUCCUCUUCCUCCUCGCCUUAAUCAACCUCAUCAUCACUCUGGUCAUAUGGACAGUGAUCCGCAUCGGUCCGAACGGGUGCGACAGCAUGGAGUUCCAUGAGUCCGGCCUGCUGCGUUUCAAGCAGAAAGCAGACAUGGGCAUUGUUCACCCACUGCACAAGAGCACGGUAGGAGGCCGUAAAGACCAGGACCUAGUCUUUGUGGGCAACAACAACCCGGUUGUGUUCCAGCAAGGCAACACUAAGCUGAGUGUAGAAAAGGACAAGACCUCGGUUGUCAGUGACGUGGGCAUUUCCUUCACGGAUCCUCGGACACAGACCACUUACUUCAGCACAGACUUUGAAAACCACGAGUUUCACUUGCCCAAAGGAGUCAAAGUCCUCAGUGUUAAAAAAGCGUCCACGGAACGGAUCACCAGCAGUGCAGCAUCUGACCUGAACAUCAAAGGAGACAAAAAGGCCAUCAUUCGUGGUAAUGAGGGUGUGAACAUCAUGGGGCGGACUGUCGAAUUCAAAAUGGGCGGAGACAUUGAGCUUAAGGCUGAGAACAGCAUUGUCCUCAAUGGGUCAGUCAUGUUCAAUGCUACGCACAUCCCUAGCCACGCUGGAGAUUUGUACUUCAGCGACAAUUUUGCGAGGUACAAGCUCUGCAUGUGUGAAGAUGGGACUCUGUUCCGUGUGUUGGUGAAAUUUAUCAACAUGGGCUGCCAGACAUCAGAUAAUCCAUGUGGAAAAGCUCUUUAGGACUGCAAUGUUGAAUUACUGUACAUCUCCCUACGAUCUGUCACCACUUAAGCCAGUGAAGCCACUUGCUCUUUUUGCUUAGUGUAUAGUUGCAGACAAUGGGGCAAUCUUAAUGCACAUAAUAAUACCUCGACAGUUCACUUAGCAAAUUCAUUUUUUUUCAUCAUGUCUGUGCGAAACACAGACUGUGCUACAGAUCAUUGCCACUUGGCCAAAGAUAUUAACUGUAAGUAAUUUCAUUGCUCUGCAGAUUUGCCACCUCUAUCUAAAAUGUACACAUCAGUCCACAUUACUUCUAUAUUUAAAUGAUGAUACUGUGGUUUACACUGCCCAUUGGUAGGCCAUUUUUUCACGGUAUUUAUUUUUUGCCUUACCAUCCAGUAUUAUUGAUGCGCAAACCCUGAAUGGGGCUUGCUUCGGAUUUUAUUCGCCGUUCAUGUUUCUUGGCAGCUGUGUUUUUUCUCUGUCAUAUUAACUGACAUAUGUGAAACACUACAUGGUGAUGACGUCUGUAAUAGUUGCAAGUGACAUGCACAGAGUUAAUUGGAGUAAAUUGUAACAUAGAGUACGUUCUAAGAACACCCAAUAAUGUAAAAUAAAGUAGAGUAGAUCUCUUUCUGCACAUUUUUUGGGCUGUCCAUCAUGCACGUGCCAAUGGAUUUGCAAGGGAUUAUAUAUCAUUUCAUGCAAAAGCUUUUUUUUUUAUGGAAACAAUACAAUAUUGAAACAGAAUGAAAGUGAACACUAAGUUAUGCUACAGAUAAAUGCAAAUGUUUUUAAAUGUCAAGAGUUUAACUAAUGAGUAACUUGAGGUGAAGCCUAUGUAUUGAGUGGUUUGAAUUUUGUGCAUUAUGAUAUAAAAGGUUUGACUUGUACUUUGCUUUGGAUUGUCUUGUCUGUUAUAUAAGAGUACUCAUGUGGAGAACAUUUCUAGUAGUCGUUCUCAGAGCACAGACUUGAUGCCUGUGUGUUUUUGAUCACUUAAAUGAAAAACAAAAAUGUCAACCUGCCUUAUUUGAAAAUCUGUCCAGCAUUUCAUUGCUAUGUUUGUUUCAAUAAAGAAACAUGUUGCUACGUGA